AUGGAUAAGGCGGCCAAGCUUGAGUUUGCCCAGGAGAUUCUGGGAUAUGAAUUUAAGGAUCCCAGCCUGCUAUGGGAAGCUCUCCAGGCCCCUGGUUCUGGGGUUGUGUCCCAUGCGGGCCAUAUGUAUACAAACGAGGGCCACAAGCCUCUAGCCGGAAUCGAGGAUACCCUAUUAUCCCUAUACAUCAAGAACCAGGCCCGCAUCCGGGGUCAAACUAUCGGCAAGUAUCACCUGGGCUUCGCACACAUGCGCUUAAUGUACGCGGCGGCUAAACACAUUACAGGAGUCGCUACCAACAACCUCAAGGCUAUGGCCAACAACCAUCAUCUGGCGGAAAUCUGUGAUGUUAAUAAGCUCACAAGAUGCAUCAACGGCAACCCCGCACAACAGGGUACCAUCUCCCCAAAAACCAAGAGCGACACGGUUAAAGCUGUUCUGGGUGCCAUUUACAAGGACGCGAACAACGAUAUGGCGCCCAUCAAGGCCGUCAUGCUUAGAUUGGGCAUCACCAUGCCCCAUGGGUCCCGCGUCUCUCCGAGCGUUGGCAUAUGA